GGGACAGGAGGGAGCGGGCCCGGCCCGGCCCCGCCGGGACCCCCCGCCCGCCACGGCACCCCCCGACCCCGCAACGGGACCCUCCUCCGGGCCAUGGCACCGCCGCCUCGCCCGGCCCGGCCCGCAGCUCUAGCCUGACCCGCGCUCCCCCGCCCCGCUCCCGCCAUGGAGAACGAGCAGCUCCCGGCGCCGGCCCCUGCCAGCAGCUCCGGGGGCAGCGCCCCGGCCGCCGCCAGCACCGCGGCCGCGCGCCCGCCCGGGCCCCAGAUCUCCGUGUACAGCGGCAUCCCCGACCGCCAGACCGUGCAGGUGAUCCAGCAGGCGCUGCACCGGCAGCCCAACACGGCGGCGCAGUACCUGCAGCAGAUGUACGCGGCGCAGCAGCAGCACCUCAUGCUGCAGACGGCUGCCCUGCAGCAGCAGCACCUCACCAGCGCCCAGCUCCAGAGCCUGGCCGCCGUCCAGCAGGCGAGCUUGGCGGCGAACCGGCAGAGCGGCUCCUCGGCGGGCAACGGCGCCCAGCCCGCCCCGGCGCAGCAGCCCACGAUCAACCUGGCGACGUCGCCGGCGGCGGCACAGCUGCUGAACCGGGCGCAGAGCGUGGGCCCCGGCGCCUCGGGCAUCGCGCAGCAGGCGGUGCUGCUGGGCAACGCCGCCUCGCCCGCCCUCACCGCCAGCCAGGCACAGAUGUACCUGCGGGCACAGAUGGUAAGGGGCACCCUGCGGCACCGGGGGGUGGAUGGGACGUGGAGGGCAUCGUGCCCCGGCCCUGCCCCGCGCCCUGACCCGCUGCCGUUGCAGGUGCACAGCCUGGCCCUGCGCCCCGCCGGCCCCCACCUCCCCGCCCUGGCCAUGAAGCCCCCCGGGGGUGCCCCCCCCCGGGCCGGCCCCCCCCGGGGCCCCCCGCCCGACCCCCCUGCUGAGCACCUCAAAAAGGCCGAGGGGCCCGAGGCCCGCGCCCACCCCCUGGCCCGCGCUGCCCCCGCCACCGCCCACCCGCUCGUCACCACAGGUGGCAGUGACAAAGGGGGGGUCCCUGUCCCCCCUGCUGUCCCCGCAGCCUACGCCCCGCUGCAGCCCCCCCAGUUCCUGCAGCAGCCCCCGAAGCCGGUGCAGCCCCAGCAGCAGCAGCAGCAGUUCGUGAUCCAGCAGCAGCAGCAGCCGCUGGGCCCCCGCGGGCAGCCCCCCCCGGCCCCCCCCGGUGCCCCCCAGCUGCAGCCCCUGCCCCCUGCCAGCCCCGGCCCCGCCCCCCAGCCCAAGGCGGGGGUCCUGCAGGGAGCGGGGGGCGAGGGGGGCCCCCCCAACGGGCACCCCGGCAGCUGCCACGCCGCCCCCCCCCGCAAGUUCCAGCACGCCUCGGCCGUCAUCCUGCAGCUGCAGCCCGCCGGGCCCACGACCCCUCUCGGCGUCCCCGAGGGCGCCCGCCGGGACCCUCUGCCCGCGCCGAGGAGCGCCGAGAGCCCGCCCGCCGCGCCGCCGCCCCCCGCCCUGUCCCCGCCCGCCGCGCCCGCGGGCCCCGCCACCCCCGACGGCGAGCGGCCCCCUGCCCACGAGCCCCCCGAGCGCCUCCAUGCGCAGCCCCGCAUUCCCGGGAUGACCUCGGGCUCCGGCAGCGCUGCCGCCACUGUCGCCGGCGCCGCCCCCCACAAUGGUGAGAACAAACCGCCCCAGGCCAUCGUGAAACCCCAGAUUCUCACCCACGUCAUCGAGGGCUUCGUCAUCCAGGAGGGCGCCGAGCCCUUCCCGGUGGGGCGCUCGUCGCUGCUGGUGGGGGCCCUGCACAAACAGUAUGCGCAGGAGCUGCUCCCGGACAAGCUCCCGCCGCAGGACAACACCACCACCACCGACUCGGACAUGGAGGAGCCCUACCUGCAAGAGUCCAAAGAGGAGGGGAACCCCCCGAAGCUGAAGUGUGAGCUCUGCGGCCGCGUCGACUUCGCCUACAAGUUCAAGCGCUCCAAGCGCUUCUGCUCCAUGGCCUGUGCCAAGAGGUACAACGUGGGCUGCACCAAGAGGGUGGGUUUGUUCCACCCCGACCGCACCAAACUGCAGAAACCGGGGGGGCCCCCCCACGGGCGGCGCCGCAGCUGCAAAGGGACCCUCCCCCCCCUGGGCAAGGACAGCAAGAAACAGCUCAACCACAGCCAGGAGGAUUCGAGCCGCUGCUCCGACAACUCGAGCUACGAGGAGCCGCUGUCGCCGAUCUCCGCCAGCUCCUCCACGUCCCGGCGCCGGCAGGGGGAGCGGGACCUGGAGCUGCGGGACAUGGAGCUGCCCGACGUGCACGGCCGGGACCUGCCCGGGCUCGGCCACCGCUUCCUGCCCAGCGAGCCCAGCAAGUGGAACGUGGAGGACGUGUACGAGUUCAUCCGCUCCCUGCCCGGCUGCCAGGAGAUCGCGGAGGAGUUCCGGGCGCAGGAGAUCGACGGGCAGGCGCUGCUGCUGCUCAAGGAGGACCAUCUGAUGAGCACCAUGAACAUCAAGCUGGGCCCUGCCCUCAAGAUCUACGCCCGCAUCAACAUGCUCAAGGACUCCUGAGCCGGGGGGGGAACCCCCAAAACACCCCCUCACCCCCCCACGGGACUCCCAAAACACCCCCCCAGCCCCGGGGAGGGGGUGGGGAGGGGGAGACCCUUGUGAGCACAACCCGAGCCCGGGGAGCCCCCGGGUGUGUAAAUAGCCCGUAGGUCUUAGAGCCCCCCCCUCACAGUCUGGGGGUCACCCCCUCUUCUCCGGCAGGGAGUGGGGGGGUCCCCAUGUCCCCCCUGUGCCCCCCACACCCCCCCCCCAGUCGGCAGGGCCAAGCAGGAUGGUUGCCUUAAUGUGAGCCCCCCUCCCCCAGCUGGGAUUGGGGGUCCCUGGAGGGGGGGUUGGACCCUCCCCCCAAAAGGGGCUUGAGGAGGGGUGGGGUUCACCCCCCCCCCCACGCUGGGCCGGUUUGGGGGCACCUCAGUCCAGGAUGGUGGGAAGGGGGGGCCCCCCGGGCAGGUCAGGACCCCCCCACGGCCCCUCCACCCCACGGCCCCCGCGGCCUUUUUAAGAAAAGAAAAGGAAAAAAGAAAAAAAAAAAAAAAAAAAAAAACAAACCGGCCCCUCCCCCCCUCCCGGGCUGGAUUUUGGGUUGUUUUUAAUAAACACGGAAAAAAACAGAGAAAAAUGGAUCCCCCCCCUCCCCUUUCCUUCCUCUUCCCCUGGAUUCCCUGUGAGGUGGCACCGCAGAGAUGGCCCCAAGUGUCACCUCAGGGAUGUCCCCAAAUGUCACAGUGGGGGGGGCACAGGGCUGGUGCCACAUCCCCUGUGCCCCCCAGAUGUGGGGGGUGGGGUCCCCCCUCACAGAGCCUGUGGUGACACUGGUGACCCGAAGUCCCAGCACCUGGGGGGGCACAGGGGACCCCAAAGGAGGGGAGGAGGACAGGAGGGGACACC